AUGCAGGAUGAAUUUGAGGUUCAGGACAAGGACGUCUUUGUUGUGACCUACCCCAAGUCAGAAACUUCCAGAAGAAAGAAGUCACCAAGAGAGAGCUGCUUUCAUGGAGAAUCUCAGCAACUUCGUGUUUUUGAAGGGAAUCCCUUAUUUCACAGUGUGGAAGAUAUUGAAAGAAUGCAGGAUGAAUUUGAGGUUCAGGACAAGGAUGUCAUUGUUGCGACCUACCCCAAGUCAGGAACCCACUGGAUGAUAGAUAUCCUCAGUUUGAUCUACUCAAAAGGAGACCCUACUUGGAUCAAAUCUGUCCCUGCUUGGAAACGUUCUCCCUGGUUAGAGUUUAAAAAUAACAAUGAGAUAUUCAAGAAUAAGAAAGAUGCAGGGCUCCUCGCUUCUCAUCUCCCAGUCCAUCUCUUUCCUAAGUCCUGUUUCACCAGCAAGGCCAAGAGUUUCAAGUCCCUCAAGUUCCCCACUUCCUCCACGGUGAACUUUAAAGUUCCCUUCCCAGUGCCAUAUGGGUCCUGGUUUGACCACAUCAAAGGAUGGCUGUCCAUGAGAAAUUCAGAGAAUUUUUUGCUCAUAACAUAUGAGGAACUUUAUCAGGUAGGAUCCCUUUUCCCUUUCAUUUUUCAUGUUUUCAAAGGUCCCUAUUAAUUCUACUGCUUUCUUUCUCUUGAUUAUUUCCAAUUUAUCAUAUAU